GUUACCAUAUUUAUUUGGACUUCUUCAGGAACGAUUCAAGUGAAAUAUGUGCCAAAGAAGCAUGGCUCCCAUGAGUUGGCUAUCGUUCAGGACGGAGCUCAUAUUGCGGGAAGUCCGCUUCGUUUUUACGUUGACAGCUAUGAUGGUGGAUAUGCCACCGUCUACGGGCCCGGGCUACAGAAUUCGAUCGUGGGCGAGCCGGCUGCCUUCACCGUGUGCGCGAAAGGAACUGCAGCAAAAGAGCUGUCUGUGAGCAUCGAAGGACCCGCACAGAGCAGGAUAAAGAUUCACGACAACAAGGAUGGCACGUGCUCCGUAACGUGGGUUCCCCCAGUUCCAGGAGAAUACAAGGUUCAUGUGAAGCUUGGUGGGAAAGAAGUUCAUGAUUCGCCAUUCCACGUUUUGGUUGCAGGUGAAGGACAGAAACGUGCUCACCUGUCUGUUGGCUCGACUUCAGAAGUGGCCUUGAAUAUUAGUCAUUCGGAGUUGAAAGGUAUUUCUGCUUCAAUCAAGUCGCCAUCCGGUAUUGAGGAACCAUGCUUUGUUCGUCUCAUCGAAGGAGGACGACUCGGUGUUUCUUUCACACCUCGUGAAUCGGGCGAGCAUCUCAUUUCUGUAAAGAGGGAUGGAAAACUAUUGCCAAAAGCACCUUUCAAAAUCAAGGUGGACAAGUCGCAAGUAGGAGAUGCAAGCAGGGUUGAAGUUAGUGGACCAGGCAAGAAGAGCGCUGAGUGUAUGAAAGAGAAUGAGAUUCUCAUUGAUACUAGUAAAGCAGGAUAUGGCGGAUUGUCUGUGUCUGUGCAAGGUCCAUCAAAGGCAGAACUCAGUUGUAAAGAGGUAAAGGCCGGACUAAUAAAGGUACUCUACAAGCCAACGGAACCAGGAGUUUACGUCGUAGCAGUCAAAUUUGCAGAUAAUCAUGUGAAAGACAGCCCGUUCACGGUGCAGUGCACAGGAAAAGGUGCAGGAAGAAAGCAGGAAGAAAUUUCUCGAAAAGCUGAACAGGCUGGACUGUCUCUAGUCGGGAAGGAAGCGGUCCUAUUUUUGAAGUUGCCGAAUGUCACUCCAAUGGACAGCUGCGCAAAAAUCCUUGAUCCGAAAGGACGCACCGAAGAUGUUGAAAUGCGAGAUAUGGGAGAUCAGUUCUUCCAAAUUAGGUGGUUCCCUAAAAUGGAAGGUUUGCACCAUUUGUCGAUCUUAAACAAAGAUGCUCACAUCUAUGGUUCACCUUUCCAAUUCACUGUUGGUCCGUUCGCAGAAGGAGGAGCUCACAAAGUGAGAGCAUCAGGGCAAGGAGUUGUUCGCGGUGAGACCAACUCUCCACAAACCUUCAACAUUUACACUCGUGAAGCAGGACCUGGCAAUUUGGUUGUAUCAAUGGAAGGGCCGAGCAAACCACAAAUGGAAUUCCAAGAACAUAAGGACGGUAAUUGUCAUGUAAAGUACAAGGUCGCUCAGCCUGGAGAGUAUUUGGUUGCAAUCAAGUUCAACGACCAACAUAUCCCGGAUUCUCCGUUCAAAGUUUCCAUGAUCAAGGAAUCCCUGCCGGAAAAGUUGUUCACACUGAAUAUCUUGCUUUAUUCGCUGCCCAAUCCCAAUGACGGUGAACUGGUUAAGGUAGUCACGCCGAGCAACGAAAUUGAGACGAUCGACAUUGUCCCAAUUGAGGAUGGUGAAAGCUAUGCUAUGCGAUUCCUCCCGAAGGAGAGUGGUAAUCACUACAUUCACGUGACGCUGGACGGUGCUCCAAUGAGGGAUUCGCCAUUCCGUUUGAGAGUCGGAGGACGUGAUCAGUGUGAUCCAACAGCUAUCAGUGUCACCGGUGAUGGCAUCAAGAAAGGCUCCACUGGACAGAAAUGCGAAUUCAUCGUCACUACAUCGAAUGCUGGUGCUGGAACACUCACGGUGCAAUUGGAUGGACCGAGCAAAGCGACACUGGACGCAUACGAACUCGAACUUGGCUACAAAGUUCGCUAUACUCCAUUGGCCCCAGGAGACUACUAUGCUGCCAUCAAGUAUAACGGAGUACACAUCCCCGGAUCACCAUACAAAAUUCCCGUCGAUGGAAAAGUCCUAGGAGGAGUCGGUUACAACGAGACUUCAUUCGUAAAAAUCGAUGCUGUGGCGAAAAGCAGCAAAGGAACUGUUGCUACGGUCCCUGAAUACAAAGGAGACGCUUCCAAGGUCAGUGCAAAAGGCGCUGGCUUGAACAAAUUCUUCCCUGGCAGACCUGCAACGUUUUCAAUUGAUACUGCAUUAGCAGGACCUAAUAUUCUAAUGGUAGGAGUAGUGACAACAAAGGGACCCUGUGAAGAAGUUGUUGUGAAGCAUCAAGGCAGCGGCCACUACAUUGUCACAUACAAAGUACCAGAUCGUGUAAAAGGCUUUAUUUUCAUCAAAUACGGCGACGAGGUUUGUCCUUUUCAUUCUUCCUCGGUCUAG